AUGACACAAGCAGACCUACUGGCAGCUGCUGUCGACGAGCUUGCGCUCGAGGGAGAACAGGGGGCGACUUUUCCUGAGCUCCUUCUUCUUCUCUCCGCGGCCCAUCCGGAGUUCCCGACCCACAGCCGAGAAUUCCAGGCCGCACUAUGGCGCGCUCUCUACAACAGCCCUCUCGUCUUUUUCUCGCAUCUCCAAGCGCAUGCGGAGGAUGCCGACGACCCGCCCACUUGGACUGCAGCAGAGGGGACAGUUCCCGAGAGGCGCGCCUUUCCUCGGGAGCGCUGCGACGCCGCAUCCUCGGAGGACACCUGCGGCAAGAAUCCCAAACAGAAGAAGGGAGAUGUGGAGGAUGCGAGACACCGCCCGGGUGGGCUCGCGGAGAGGGGAGGCGAAGGGACGGAAUGUUCAGAGGCAGCUCUCGAGAACCCCGAAACGCGGAAAAAGAAAGGCAGGGGGAAAGAAGGACGCGAAGCGGAAAGCGCGGCAUCCACGCAGACAUCUCGUCCAGGAAGGAAGGCGGAGCAAAAGAGUGGAAGCAAGAAACGCACUGCGAAGGCGACGAAAGAGACACCGCCCGAGGAACCAGACAGUGCCGAAGAGCGCGACGAGAACGACGAGAGCCGCGAGGGACCACGGCAAAAGGAACCGCUGCCAGAUGCCUGCCUAGCUGAGUGGCGCUUCUCUGUGAGUGCGGCCGUCCGCCUCAACGCACUAGGCGUGCCUUUCUCCCCGUUCCUCGAUGAAGAAGAAAUCGAAAAGAAGAUGAAGGAGAUGCCGAUGGUGGUUCUCCAGGCGAUUACGAAACGGCGAUACGCUGGCCACUGGCAGUAUCAGCUUUCAAUCGAUCUCGGCCUGCCGCCAAAGACUGUUUUUCACCAUUUGAAGCCUCUGUAUCGUCAGGGUUUGGUCACCCACAUGCAGCUGCCUCUGCCUGCGUCUUCGCGGCCUUCAGCCGCGUCGCGCGGCUCUUCAAAUCUGACCAUGUCUGCGCUCCUGUGGCACUUUCGAUUCUUCGACUUCCCGCGGCUGCCCUCGCAAAUUCAGGCUACCGUCUCGCUGCACCACCUCGUGCCUCUCGAGCACCAAGUUGUGGAAAUGUUGCAGGGCGCGCCGAUGCACGUCAUGCUGGAAAGCGAAAUCCACGCCUUCUGCCUCGAAGCCUUUACCACCUCCGAAAGGUUUGCGCUUGCCUCCUUCACGGCAAAGCAAUUCCGACGCCUGUACCAGAAGCUCCGAGGCGAACUGAUGCGGUCCGGCCGCGUCCAACGCCUUCGCGCCUGGUGCCCUCAAACGCAGAAGUUCGAAAAGUGUCUCUGCCUGUCUUCCUCGCCUUCCCAUUCUGCCUCCGUGAAAGCGAACGAGGAAGAGGGGGGGGACGAGGGGCGAGGCACCGAAGGAAACCGACAAGGUUUGCAGCAGGGAGAGGCAGAAGGCCGAUCCCGACAGAGGGAGCAACCCACCUCUCUGGCGUCGUCCGCGGCAUGGUCACGCGUGAAGCAGGAGCCUGGGACGAAUCUGCUGUCUCUCACUCCCUCAGCCGCUUCAGCUCCGGCGGGUCGCGGGAAAGGAGAGCGGGCACCACCGGAGACAGGGGACGCGGCCGAAAUGGGAGAAGGCGAAGGAGACGAGCCACGGGGCGGAGACGAUGACGAAGCAGAUGGCGAGGAAGCGGUUUGCAGCUUGCUCGCCUGGGAACUGCCGCUCGCUGACCAGGUUGUCAUGCUCCUCGAGGCGAGCGGUGGGGCCGGCCUUCUUUCGAUUCAAGUCGCGCGCUACAUUGGCACAGACAACAAGCGAGCCGGGAAAAUCUUUGCGGAGCUGGAGAGGCGAAAGCGCGUGCGGAAAGUUGCGGAGCGUCGGGGCCGAUGCUUCAUGUAUCGCUACUUUGCUUCGUCUGUUCCCGACCCGGCCGUGCCCGCACCGUCUGGGACGCCUCUUCCCGCGCCCCGUUCUGCCUCAGCGUUCCCUGGCAACGCACAAGGCAGGCAGCCUGUACAGAGAGAGGAGACUGCGCAUGCUCCACAGAGGCUACCCGGUCAACAAGGAACGGAAGACGAUACCUCCCGCGACGGCGACAGGCCUUCGGCUUCGGCCCCAUGUGCGACUCUGGCGGCUCGGCAGCAGGCGCCGGACGGAGCUGCGGAUCACACAGGAGACGCACCUGCGAACCCUGAGGGUGACACAGAUGUUCGAGGAAGAACAGGAAAAGGACGAGGAGGAGGGCGAGCAAGGCACGGCCGAGGCACCGUGCUAGGUUCCCAAGGUGGCCCCGACAGUCAGGGGACUCAGGCGACCGGUGUGAAUUCUGUGUCGUCUUCGGCGCCUUCUCCAGUUGCCUCGUCGCGUGCCUCGUCAGGAUCGCCUGGGGGGCGAGGGAGGCGAGGGAGGCGAGACGGCCAGGCAGACGCCGACCGCUUCAGAGGCGAAGCCGCCGCGCCUGCUGCUCUCGAGACACAGGCCGCCCUCUGCCCCCAUUCGGGCACAGGCUCUGAAGGCGGCGCGUCGCUUGACACUCGCGAGAACAGUCGCCUAUCUCCCAGCGUUGCUUCGCCGUCGUCUUCCGCGUCCCCUAUAAUCGCCGCGGAUGCCUUGUCGCCAGCUAAACUCCCGCUUCCUGGAUCGUCGAAAGCGCCAGACCGCUCAGGAGCUCGGGGAAGCAAAGCCGCAGGCGCUCUGGAAGCGACGACGCCGGCGGCCCCUUCCGUUGCUCCGGGGACGGUUCCGCAAACCUCGCUGUCGCUUCCAGGAUCGCCGCGGGAGCGCGAAGAGAUCGAUUUGUCUCUGGCGCUGGAAAAAAACCAGAUCCGGAAGCUAAACACUCCACAGUUCGAGCGACGCCUUCGCCUCUUCAUCGCGCACCUCCGGUCCGAGGGGUGCGCGACAAUUCCAACCAUUGCCAAGGUUCUUGCCAAGGCGGAAUCGUCCGUCAACGGGCCUGACAGAAAAACCGUUCAGCGAAUGGCUGCAGUUGCGAUGCAGGUCGAGCCUCGCGUUGCCGUGGGUGGUCUCGUAAAGCCCGAUGGGGAGAGGGCGAGGGAGAAGAAAGAAGAGGUGCUGCGCCCAGAUGGGGACGAGGAGGGAGACGACCGAUUCAAGGGCGUUGCUCAGAGACGCGUCGGCACCGAAGUCGUCUUCUACUACUGGACAGAGAAAUUCACAGAGGAGCAAGCUCACAGACGCGUGACUGAAAUGAUCUCAGCUCGCCGCAUCGAAGGCUGCAGGCUGGCCGUUCACAGGAACGAGCGACUCCUCAGUGGCCUUCGGGACCAGCAACGUGCGGGGGACACGAGGCGCCAGGAGCACGCCGAGCAGCGCAAGGCGCUGGAGGACGAAAUCGUGAAGCUGCAGAGGAUCGAAGAGAAAAGUAAAAUGAUGGUGGCCGGAGGAGCAGACGGUGACGGCCGAAGAGGCGCCGGCGGAGGCAUGCCGCUCACAAUGCAACCUGAACAAGUUCACGUCUCCCCUGUGCUUCAUGUCGUCGCAAAAUUUGUCUCCUCUCUCCGGCCUCUCUCACUGAUGCCUCUCGGUGUCCGGUUCGGCGACUCCAACUCUGUCCCCACACGCGUGGUUCUCGCUGAGGCUGUCCUUCGUCUUGCCAAAGUGCGUUUCCUGGGCCGCUUCGAUGCUCUCCUCGUCUUUCACUUCUGUCCUUGCCUUCGUUGUCUGUCUGCGGCGCUCUUCGCGCGCUGUCUUGAUUUGCGCCGCCAGCAACGUCUGGGUGCAGACGCGAAUGCGCUGCAUGCGGCCGGAGUCCUCCACUUUAGUCAGAAGACUCUGGCGCUGUACGGCUUUCUCUUCCCAGUCAUGGUUCGCCUCAAGUGCCUUCACCAGUAUCUUCUUCAGCUCCUCGCGAACUUGAAAAAGCAGGUGGAGUGCGACUCGCCUCCAACGGCUUCUUCACUCGCGCCCUCUUCCUCUCUCCGGCCCCCCCCGCGCGACCUCCUCGAUAACGGCAUGACUCUGGCGUACAUGCUGAGGAAGAUGCCGCUCGAAAUCUUCCUGCGAACGAUUGGCUGCGGGUACCGCGUGCCGUUCCUCGACAAGCAGCUCUCGGCUCCCCAUGCGUCUCAGUUGCUUCUCGAAGGCUUGCCACGCACGGUCUUCGACAUUCUCGUUCUCUCCAGCCGCCAGCUUCACCUCAAGCGCCAGCGUCAGCAGCCGCCCACGUUGCCUCUGACCGGCAACAACAAGCGGAGUGCACCUGCGGCUCUCAGGCGGCUUCUCUCCACUCUAUAUCGCAUGGGGCUGGUUCGCGUCUCUGGCCCUUUUCCCAGCUCUUCCUCGCCGUCUUCGACUGUUUGCGAGACGCGGCGAGACGACCAGGCGACCGCAGGAUCGGCUGAGGGUUCUGCCGGCGACACAAAACGGGACGCAGGCGCUGGGGAAAUGUUGUCGGGAGUUGCGCGCUGGCAUGUCGUUGAACUCGUGUCUCUCCCGGCGUUCGUUUCAGAGAAAGAGCCCCGUUCAUCCGCCGACGGAUCGGCCGAGGCCCCGUCGCUCGGCCGCUUCGCCUUGCUCGUCCCCGGGGCCUUCGAAGCCUUUUGGGGCGACCUGCAGAGCGAGGUAGCUCGGUGGAUUCACUUCAACGCGCCCUUGCCGCCCGCUUCCUUCGACGCCUUCCCCGGCAGGACACGGGCGGCGCGUGGCGAGCGGGAAGCACAAAGUUUGGGCGAGACCCACGAGUCAAGACGACACAGCGAGGCGAAAGGCGACAACGAAGAGACGAAAGGUCUCGCUGAGCUUUCACGACCAAAGGUUCCUCUGCCGGCCAACUUCCCCGUCGCCGAGGCAUUCAGCAAGCGGAACUGGAAGGGCCAGAUUCUCCUCACGCCGUAUCUCCGGGCCGAACUCGAUGCAUUCGCCGAGAACAUCUUGGAACGCUACCGAGAGGCUGGUGGCGAGGAACUGGGGCGCCUCGUGUUUUCGCCUCAUAGCCCCGAGGUGCAGGAUCUCGCGGCCAGGCUGAGAAUCCCGACAGAUGUCGUUCUGCGCUUUCUGUUGCGGCUCUUCGAAACGCGCGGUGGCAUCGGCUGCGGCUUCCAGAGCCUCGCUCUUCACUUGCCUGGACCGCUGUCCCCCGGAGGGAGUGCUGGAGAAGACGAAGACGCGGAGGCCAGAGGCGGCCGACGGAAGCGACGACGCCUCGAGGACGACGACGUGGCGGGCUCGGUCAGCGGCGGAGGCGAGAGCGAGACGGACGAGGACAGCGAGAGGCGAGAGAAGGAAAGGCGCGCGGAUGACGAGAGACGGAAGGAGAGAGAGAGAAAACUUCUCGUCGGAAGACGCCUCCUUCUUCUCCACCGGACACGGGACGUCCGCUUUCGAUGCCACUUGUGUGGCUGUCUGUACAGCUUGAUCCGAGCUCUCAAGCACCACUACCAAAAAAUCCACAAAACCGAACUCCCUGCAGAUUCCGACGCUUACGUCCUACCGUGGGAAAAAGAAAAGCGAAUCCAAAAGGUCCAACAAGCUCAGGAGCAGAGGCAGCUAGCCCUUGCAUUUCGCCGAAAACGAAAGCAACAAGAAAGAGGAGACGAACUAGACAAUCACGCCAAAGAGGAAGAUGAUGAAGAGGAAAUACCAUCCUUUCCUCAUUUCAGAGAUGAAGACGGCUCACUAGACAAUACGACAGCUUCGUGGUUUCCAGAUAGACCAGGCAAGGGCAGUCACGGCGCCAGCUCGUCAGCGGCGGGACUUCUGUCCGCGGCCGUUCAACGGUUUCUUCGGUCCAUGCGGAAAGAGGACGAAUUCGUGUUUGUCGCUGCCAGCGUGGUGGCGGAACGCCUUUUUGUCGCCGCGCAGCGUCUGGCGUUCUCUCGCCAAUCUCGCCCCUCUGAACCUGCCGGCGGCGAGUUCGAUGCCGGCAGGCCCUCAAGUUCCUCGUCCUCGUUUCCGUUCUUUGCCUCUAAUUCUUCCGGGUACUCUACCUUCUCGCCGGGGUGCGCCGGAGGAAGCGAGAAUGUCAGCGAUCCCACAAGUGUGUUUGGCGUAGACGGCCGAACGGUUCCUGCGGCCGCUCAUCCUGUGUGGCAGAUCAUUAGCACCCUGUGUAGCGCCACGCUCGAGCCCACUGCAUGCAUGCACAUCUUCUCCUUCCUCAUGCUGCAUCGCCCAACCAAUUACCGCGCAUUCAACAACUGCCGUCGCCUCGCUGGCUUCGACCUCAAAAGCCGCGUGAACGCCUGCCGGAUUCCGUCGCUUCUCGAUACACGCCCCGCGUCGCUGGAGGACGCGUGCGAGGCUGAAGCUGACCCCUUCGCCUUGGCUGACGCGGCGCUCUUUGCGCAACCUCACCAGCCUCAUUUGCCUGCUUCCUCCCUUCCCAGCGACAGGCUCGUGGGUGCCGGCGAGCCCGCGGACCGCCUACUCUUGCGGCCAGCGCCUUCGCCUUCCUGGGGCCUUUCCCUCACCCCUCAAAGAAUGCGGGCUGCGUCGCUGACAUGUCGACCGCUGAACUGCCCGCGAGUCGUGCUCGCGCGCACCGUGUUGAAGAUGAUUCUGCUCACGCCUCUCACGCACUACCGGCCUUACACAGCCUUCGAGGCAGCGCAGGAACUCCGCGAAGGCGAGUGGACAGCCGUCUGGCGUGUGUGGAGUCUCCGCGGCUGGGUCACGCACGUCAAGCAGCCGCUGCCGCUCCAUUUGCGACCGCCUCGCGCACGAUCCUCGGCCGCCUCGACCUCUGCGGGCUCGACGCGCAGCCGGAGUUCCGCUGUGGGCCGCCUCGACGAGGAAGAGGGGAGGGACGACAAAGCAGGCGAGAAAGGAGAGAAACGCGAAGGCGGCGCCACGCGGAAAUCGCCGUUGCAUGCGUUGCUGGCCGCGAAAUGCAGACGGUCGUUCGCCCUUAGCGCGGGCGCUCGCGCGGCACUGUUCGGCAAGCUCCGCGUCCUGCGAUCUCUCUCUGCGUGUUGCCAUGCCAUCCUGGAAAACAGCGAAACGUGCAACAGAGACUCUGAGGACACGAGUUGCAGCGCCUUCCAGGCGGCGUCUCCUGCCGCCAUCGCCUGUGGGCCCUCUUUGGCCUCCCCCCGCUGCACUUCGCCAGGCGUCUCCGCGCGGUCCAAAAGGGGGGGAUGCGCCGAGACAGAGGAGACAGCAGACCAGACAGAUGAGACAGCAAACGAACCAAGACAGCUGAGGAGACAAGGAACGGAAGGCGAUCCGGAGACGCAGGGCAUCUGCGCUUUAUCGCCUCCGGACGGAGAGAAGAAAGAUGUCGCGUCUGCCGGCAUCUCGUGGAGAGACAUAAGCAACGCGUCUCUGGGGAUUUCGCCUGCGUCCGCCCUGAUUCUCUUGGAGCGCAUGGCGCAGGACGAUCUCCUCCUCCUUCCCGGGUGGGAAGCAGACAGAGACGGACUGUCUCCUUUGCAGGCGUGCAUGCAAGGAAAUCCAGGUGGAGGAGCGGAGACCGAGGCGGACACUCGAGACGGGCAAGACGACCCCGUGGAGCAGUACUACGCGCGCGUCUGUGGCCCGUCGGGGCCUCAGCCGAGUUGCAGGAGAACGGCGGGAUACGAAGGCCAAAAAGGUCAGAGUGCAGAAGGGGAAAGCGACACACUCUUGUUCGGAGACAGCCGAGGGUCCGCCGAUGCGCCCACGUCGGCGAACGAGGAAAGGGCCUCCAGGAGCAACGACGGAAAGGCCGAACACGAACAGGAGCCUCUUGGGGACGAAGCAGCUGACGAAGCGGCCGAAGCUGAAGAGCUCCUCGACGAUGAAGAUCUGGACAGGAGUCUCCUUCGUCUUCUGCUUGAAGGCACCGGCGGGGCUUCGGGUGCGCCGCUGCCUUCCGACGCCGACGCUGCGUCCCCGUCUGCAGACAACUCCGGCCUCUUUGCUUCCUCCUUCUUGGCCGGCGACGGCGAUGACGAAGACGAUGACAAGGCGCGAGACGAGGACCACGAACAUGGCGACCGCGCCGCCUCGCUGGCUGCUCGCAUUGUCGAGGGGGGCGUCACGACCCACCUGCUGCGUCUGACGCGUGGUGUGCCGCACCUCGCGAGUCUCCGCAUGCAGACGCGCGACUCACACGCGGUGAAACCGUCGCGUUCCUUCGGUGUCGACACACCCGUGGCGUCUCCGUCUGGCCUGGUGGUGAGGCGCCGAGCCUCCGCUUCCACCGAUGCAGGGUCUUGCGAGGGAGAAGGCGCGAAGGAAAGACGCGAGCUCGAACGAGCGGCGAGCAACGAAGCUCAAGACGCCACAGGCGCGGUGAAGCGUGGGACGUGUGAGGUGGCGUCCGUUUUGCCUGUCUCUUUAUCGUGUGCGCGUCGCCCCGCCGCCCAGCGUGAUUCGCCACUGCCGCCUCCAGGCUACCACUUGGUCGAUGGAUUCCUCGGCGCAGCGAGCGAACAGGACGCCGUUGACCCGUCCAUGUUUCCUCCCACUUUCUCCCACGGCAGUGCCGCGUUUGCAGCGUGGGCGCACCACGUUCUCGCGGCCUCGUCCGAAGGCACCUGCCUUGGGGACAAUUCGAGGGCGUGUGAGGGGGGAAAGGAAGAAAAUGCUUGGAACCUCUCGCCGCCUCCGCUGCCUGAGGCGGGGAGCGGCGGCUUUCCUCUCUGUCUGCCAGAAUUCGAAGAGGACCGUAAGUGGGGCUGGUGGAGGGACGCGACGGCCACGGUGCGAUUGCAUGCGAGCCCUGUCUAUUCGCCUCUUCUCUUCAAGGCGCAGCGGGGGUCGGCUGAGCAAAGCCCCGACGAUGCACCUGCCGAGGUGAACGGAAGAAAGGACAACGCGCCGAACAGCCAACUGGACCGGGAGGCAAGCAGGCUGUCUCCACGAGGAACGGCGGCCACGGCUGGGUCUGCCUGUCCGAAACGGAGAGGCCAAGGCAACCUCGAAGGCGCUACUGACGACCGCGGAGGUCGCGCCGAGAACCGAAAGCAAGGGGGCGACGUGGGGCGCGAGGCUGCAGGACGGCAGGGCUUCUCCGUGAUGGGCGAACGGUGCGCGCACCAGAGACGCGGGCAGGGUACUGGACCCGACGAAGAACAAAGUGGGAAAGGAACAGCGAGGGAGACAGGGAAGACCGAUCUAGGGUCCGCUGGAGGCGCGCGCCUUACGUUUAUUCAUGAAUCCUCCUUCCCUCCGUCAGGGGGACCGAUCCUAGACAGGGAAGUCUGGCGGGCGUGCCUCCUUGCCUCGGAGUCCGCCGAGGGAGCGCGCGGGGUGGAGCGGCGUGAAGAGUGUUGCAGGAGAAAAGGCAAACAGGCGCCGAGGCCGCCGUCACCGUGGGCAGCAGAUUCCAACGCAGAUACAGAAGCAGACCGGUCGGAAGCCGGCGGUAACACGCAGCAUGAUGCAUGCACCAAGUGUGGCGCCAGAGCGCUGCAUGCGCUAGCUGUCGGCCUCUUGACGCGCCAGGCUCUCCUCCCGAUCCUUCCCAACCCUCUGCCUUCGUACGGCUCCCAGGUACUCCUCGAGGCACUGGAGUGGGGAGCGAGAAGAAACGAAGACACACAAGACGGAAAAGGCGAGGGCGGAGACGAGAGACGUGCGGAUUGGAGACGCGGAAAGACUUGCAAAGAUGCCGUGUCUGUUGGAGACGGGAGAAAUCCAGAAGGCGCAAUAUCGAAGCACGCGCGUGGAACGAGGAAAGGCAAGGCCAGUGCGGUCUCGGAAGAAACAGGGGAUGGUCCGGCAUCGUUGCCUGCGAAUCCUGUUCCUGUUCCUGCAUCGUCUUCUGCCUGUUCACAGUGUUGCUGCUGUUGCUUGUAUUCGCCUUCUCCUUCUCCUCAUUCUCUCGCCGUUCUCUUUCCUCUCCUCAAACUGGCCGCCUUCGUUCUGUCGUGCACAGUCUCGGCCAAGGCCGACGGGCUGCCUGCAUGCGCAGCGUUCCACCUAUUUCUAGGUGACCCGAAUAGACAGGAAUACCUGCAGGGACAUGCUUCUCUCCAGUCAGACGACUGCCCUCUUCAGGAUGGCCCUUCUUCCUCCUCAAAUUCGUCGUCUUCUCCCUCUAUCCCAUUCCGACCUGUUUGCGGAGACGUUGCUGGAGGCGCUGCGGAUUCUCGGGGGGACAGUGCGGUUGCGGAACUCGUGGCGAGCCUGCGCACUGCUGCGAGGGAGUUGGCGGAGGGGCGAGACAAGCAGGCAAAGGACGGAAGUGGACAGAAAGAAAAUUGGGGAAGCGCCGGACAGGAUGAGAGGAACGCCGAAAGCGCCGUGCGAGAAGGCAAAACGCAGCAUGAGGACGAGUGGGAGACUGGGAGUGAAGAUGACACGGACAAGAAGGACGACGAGGAAGAACUUCUAGGUGCCGCCGUGGGACAGGCUUUCCUUCUGGUUGUCUCUCUUCUCCAGGCGCUUCGAUUUCUUGUCGUGGUUCCCGGCGCUCACGAUUGGCAUCUCGUCGACGCGCAAGAAGCCUCCAGGCGGUACUGCGUUCGCCGUCUAGCAGUCGUUGAGGACCACAUUGGAAAGCUCAAACACGAGGACGGAAGCUGCGGAGGAGACGUUGUGCACAGAGCAAAGGCGACGCAGCCCCGUGAAGACAGUGGCCACGUUCAACAGACCACACCCCGUUCCCACGCCUCUUUGUCUCCCUCGUCUCCUCCACCCGAGCGUCCCGCCUCGCGUGGUGAAGGUUCCACGACGUCCUCUCUCCGACAGCGGCCGUUCUUGCCUGCGCGUGAAACGCUCGAUUCUUGUUACAGUCGCUCAGGAGUUUCGCCAGUCAUUCGAGACGUGUGGGGCGAGACGUCUGGGGACCGCAUCGAGACCAGAAGGCGGUUGAACGGCGAAGAGGGAAAAACGCUUUUUCGCGUGUCCUGCGUGACACAAGUGGCGCAGAGUUUCUUUGCUCGGGCGUUCUUUGAAGAGAGACACAGAGAGAGACAGAGGCAGGGAGACCAGAUGAGGCGGAGGCACGGGUCGAUCGCUCCGGCAACCGUAGACGGAGUGGCGAGCAAAAACACGGAGAGAGGAAAGUUCGGAGACGGACUUUUUUCCUCGUUUGCGCCCCACGGCAUCCUCUCGCGACAGGACCGCGGCGACAGUCUAUCCAGUGUGUCUCGGUGCAGAGCGUCGGGCGCGAACAGCCCAGAACGCGCCAGGCGACAAAGAGAAGGAACGCCAGAUAAAACCGGAGAAACCGGGGUCUGCGGCGAGGAAACAGAGAAUAAGGAGCACGCGGACCGAUCGGGGAAACUUGCUGUGCUUCAGUCCGACGUCGUCUCCGUAGCUCCCUGGCUUCGUCUCGACGGGCGUGUGCAUGCGUCGCUUCUCCAGGUUCUCGCACUUCGGUGUUGGACUCUGCUUACGGGCAAACCCGGGAGCUCGGCAACAGAGGUGAAGGACGCCUUGGCGGUGUUGGACCUUGCCGACGUCGCUUUCCUUCUUCAGUCGUGGACGCGGGACGGACUUCUUCGUUGUGCCUCACUCCUUCCCUCUCCCGGGUCUUCGCCUCCAUCUUCACUGCCGCUGCUCGCGUCGUCGUCUGCUGUUCUGUCUGGUGAUUCGAGUCCCGGUCGCAUUUCCUCGGUGUUUCCCGACUCAUGCACCCCCGUCGAAUGGCUUUCUACAGCCGACCAGAGGAGGAAACGGCGGCUUGGUGUCUCGGUUGCCUCCCUUGGCAUCCGCGCGUCGCCCGAGUGCACCCAGACAGAGCGCGAGAGGAAGAAGCGAAGGCGCGGAGGCGAGGAGACUGGAGAAGGGGAAGGCACCGAGUGGCUGCAGAGGGGCGACGCCUCAGAGUCAACCGCAGACGGCCAUGGUGACAGUAAAACCGGGGGUAUGGCUAUCCACUCGACGAAGACGAGAGAAGAACGACUGGUGGACCGGAGAGGUAAAACGACUGCAAGAAGACAUCUCGAGCCUUUGCCUGUGUCGGCCAUUCGCCGCGUUACAGAGCAGGCGCAGGCUCUUGCCCUCCACGCCAAGACGCUCUACUUUCCAGAGCGAGCUGAAGACGUCCUGCCGGAAUUCCGAGACUUGCUGCUUCCUCGCGCUCUCUAA